AUGGGCGACAUGGUCGUCUUCGACAAGCGACAGUUGGCCGAACCGGUUUCAACGAGUCCGUGGCCGCAGACUCGGUGUAAACGGUGUCGCCGUUUCGACCUGCCGAAAGCAGCAGAAAAGAAAGAGAUAAACGAGCAGAUGAGCCACUUGAAGGAUAAGCUGAAGUGGCAGUGGGCUGGCCUUAUUUGUCGAAGAACCGAUAGCCGAUGGGGGAAACGAGUUCUUGAAGACGUUCUCUGGCCAAUUGGAGUGAUCUGUGAAAGGCCAGCAGCCUUUGCAGCAGCCGAGGCUGCUGGCCGCAGAUGGAUGCGACAAGCCGAGGACCGGGCGAAAUGGCGCCCGUUGGAAAAGGCCUUUGUCCAACAGUGGACUGCGAUGACUGAUGAUGUUGAUGAUGAAGAGUUUAUUCAUAAUUGA